AAAGAGAUUUUAACCCAACAAUUGAAUGAAGUGUUGAUGAGCAAAGAUAAAAAUGUCCCAUUUCCAAGAUUGAGGGAUUUGAAGAUGAUCACCACCAAAGAAGUGGAGAUGGAGCAGCAAAAGCGGAAGAUGGAAAGUGAGGAAAUGCUAGUGAAUAAGAAAACAAAGUUAGAGUGGAGACCGGAGGAUUGUGCUCAGGCAAUUGGAUUAUCCGAUAAGUGUACUGGCGAGGGAGAAAAGAAGAAAUGUCAUUACAAAGACAUUUCAGAGGACUCAGUGCUACUGGUUCCAGAGGAUGCAACCCAAAAGCCCUACGUUGCGAUCAUAAAGGAUAUUUAUAUACAAGAAAAAGAAGAAUAUGUGAAGCUUGAAGUGCAGUGGCUUUAUCGUCCAGAAGAUGUGGAGAAAAAAUAUGUCGGAAAAUGGGAACCCAAAGACUCAAGAGACCUCUUCUAUAGUUUCCAUCGCGAUGAAGUGUUUGCUGAAUCUGUAAAACACAAUUGUGUUGUACAUUUCAUUCAAGAGAUUAAGCAAACCCCAAACCGUAGAAAGCAUCCUGGUUUCAUCGUGCAGAAUGUUUAUGAUAAUGUUAAGAAGAAGCUUAGGAAGCUCACUUUUAAUGGCUUUGACUUGCAGCAAAAGCGUGAAAUAGGUCAUCUUGUGGAAAAGACAAUUUUGAGAAUUGGCCAUCUUCCUAACAUUGUGAAGGAGCAAAAGAUUUUGAUCUCGAGGAGUAAAAGAUCUGUUCCUCAAAGUUAUAUUAUAAAAGAGGUGGAAACAAGUCGUGAAAGCAAUAAUGUGGAUAACUCGCUCUUGGAAAAUUUUGAUUUGUUGACCGGUGAUUCGGAUCGUGACAAGAGUUUGGAAGAGCUUCUGGAAGUAGUUAAGCCUAGUUGUCGUACAAGUAAAAAGAAGCAAGCGGGUGAUUAUGAUUAUUUCUGGCCAAAUGAUGUCGUUUCGGUUGUGAGUGCUCUUGAGCAGGCUUUAUAUGAUUCUUUGAAAGAAGAUAUACCAAAGUAUAGUAACAAGUUGGAGAUUCUGGUUGGUAAACUCAAGAACUCACGAGUGCUAGCUAGACGACUUCUUGAUGGCGAAUUAAAACCUGAACAAGUUAUAAAGAUGACGUGCUAUGAGUUAUUGGCCGACUUGAAAGAACCAAUAUUGGAGAAAGAUGCUUCUUCAUCCACCUCCAGAAGUGUUGCGCGCAAAGAUUCUUUCGAAGAUUAAAGAUGUAACUAAGCCCUUAAAUAAUAUAUUUAGUGUUAUCUUGCUUCUUCCCUUUUAAGGAUUUUUUCCUAAAUUGUUCUUUCAAACUAUGUUGCAGAUCAUGACUUAUUAUGUAAACUUUCAACUAUUAAAGUUUAGAUAUUGUU